CCUGACAGCCCUGCGCACAUUAAACCAAACAUGGCGCUGCCCGGUGUUUCACUCGUGAGGCUCCGUGCGUUGUGCAACCUUGGAAUUAAAUCGUUUGAAACAGGGAAUAGAGUGGGAAUAAAUUGUACCUGGGCCAGUCAAUACAGGACCAAAGUAGGGCUAGCUGGUGAUAGCGAAGGAACAGCCGAAACAACAAAAGGUCAUCCCAGCCUUUUGAAUGAGUAUCCAGAACCAAAAGAUCUCCUUUAUCGUACCUUGGCCCGUUCUCUAGGGAUAUCAGAUCUUUCUCAUCUCAUCCAGUACAACUGCACCGAUGGAGAUGUCAAGAGGGCCACUGUGACGGUGAUGUGGCCCCAAAGGAUCGAGGCUGUGGGCUUUGGCUCCAGGAAGGUGCUAGCAGAGCGCUAUGCUGCAGCAGCAGCUUGUCAGAAGCUGAAGGAACUGGGUGUCUUGGAACCAGACAACAUUCCCAAGAGGAAGAAGGGCCAGGGACAACUUUCUCCUAUGACUGGGUGGCGGGAUGAGGAUGAGGAGUAUGCAGCCCCGCCGUAUCCAACUGAAUUUCUUGAGAGACCCCAGAGCAGGACGAAAAGGUCUAUUCCUGUCCCUAAGAUACCAGAGGAUGACCCAAGACUUCUGGAAGCUCUGUCAACAUUCUCUCAGCCAAGAGCGCUCCUGGUGAAGGUCAUUCAGAUGGCAUUGUCUCCUCACAAAAUCAGAGAUAUUGUUCAAUACCACACAGUGGGCGGGAAGUUUAAGACGUCUAAACUGACCCUGCACUGGCCUGAGGAGGUGACAUUUGAGGCUUGUGGACGUAAAAAAAUAGAAGCUGAGAAGAAAGCUUCUGCUCUGGCUUGUCUCAGAUUAAAGGAACUGGGGUUGCUUGAUGACAACAAUGAACCUCUCACCCACGCCCAGUACCAUAAGGAAGAGGUGCAAGAGGCAGGGAAAAGAAUGAGACGGCCCUGUAGCCUGGAGAUCCCUAAGGAGCUGAAGGAUAAGAUGAGCGAGUACCUCACUCAGUACCCCAUUGAGACUGAGAUGCAGAAACUUUGGGCUGAAGAAGACGAGCGUGCUGCAAGGCAACAGGCCAACGAGGAGGAGGAUGAGGAAGAGGAGGAAGAGGAUGUUCUCUCGGAUGCAAUCACAGGCCGGCCGUACCGCCCCCUGGAGCCUGCCGAGGAGCAGCGUCUGAGUGACAGGCUGCUAGAGCAGUGGGAGAGUGCCGGUACCGGCCUGGGGACGAGCCUGCCCUUGGACGCUCACCGAGAGCGGGUGGUGUCGACUGUGGAGGGGGCCCGUGUGGUGGUGCUCGCCGGGGAGACGGGGUGCGGGAAGACCACACGCGUGCCGCGGUUCCUGCUGGAGGGCCGCGUAAGGGCUGGCGAGGGCGCGCGAUGCAACAUCCUGGUCACGCAGCCACGGCGAAUCAGCGCUGUGUCUGUGGCCCAGCGGGUCGCCCUUGAGAUGGGCCCCGACCUCAAACACAGCGUGGGCUUCCAGGUGCGUUUGCAGUCACAGCCCCCCAAGGCGAGCGGAGGGGCGCUGCUCUUCCUCACGGUGGGCGUGCUGCUGAGGAAGCUGCAGAGCAACCCCACGCUGGAAGGCAUCAGUCACGUGGUGGUGGACGAGGUGCACGAGCGCGACGUCAACACCGACCUGCUGCUGGCGCUGCUGCGCUCACUGCUUCCCCAGAACCCCCAGCUGCACAUCGUGCUCAUGAGCGCCACCGGAGACACCCAGCGCCUGGUGGAGUACUUCGGGGGCUGCCCCGUGGUGCACGUGCCCGGCUUCAUGCACCCAGUGCGGGAGAGGUACCUGGAGGAGGUGCUGAGGGAGAUGGGGCGGCGUCCGCGGAAAUCUGUCCCGCAGGACAGGGCACGAAAAGGAGAGGAUGUUGAUGAUGCCACUCCAGACCUCAAUAUGGUUGCUGAUGUCAUCAACCACAUUCAUACAACAGGGGAGCCAGGCGCUGUGUUGUGUUUCCUGCCUGGGUGGCAGGACAUUAAAGCUGUGCAGCAGAGGCUGGAGGAGACCACAGCGUUCAGAUCGGGCUCUCAAAUGAUCCUGCCAUUGCACUCUAGCAUGUCUGUGGCAGACCAGCAGACUGUGUUUCAGCGCCCCCCGGAGGGCCAGCGCAAGAUUGUCCUGGCCACCAACAUCGCUGAGACGUCAAUCACCAUAGAUGAUAUUGUUCAUGUGGUGGAUGUCGGAUCCCAGAAGGAGACGAACUACGACCCCAAGACAAAGGUCUCCUGUCUGGACACAGUCUGGGUGUCACGGUCUAACGUCACCCAGCGUAAAGGCAGAGCGGGAAGGUGUCAGCCUGGGCAUUCUUACCACCUGUUCCCCCGUACACGCCUGGACUCCAUGAUCGUGUUCCCCGUCCCGGAGAUCCUGCGCACCCCGCUGGAGAGUCUGGUGCUCCAGGCCAAGAUUCACAGCCCACAGAGCAAGGCAGUAGAUUUUUUAUCUCAGGUGCUGGAUUCUCCGGAUCGUGCUCUCAUUGAGGAUGCCGUGAGGGUCUUGCAGGAACUUGGCGUGCUGGACAAAUUGGAGUGUCUGACCCCUCUGGGAAAGCGAGUGUCCUGCAUGUCGUGUGACCCGCGCCUGGGGAAGGUUCUGGUACUGGCUGCUCUCUUCCGCUGUGCCUCCCCCCUCAUCUCAGUGGCUGCCUGCCUGACCCGAGACCCCUUCCACAACAGCAUGGAGAACAGAGGCCUCAUCCACAAGGCCAAAGAGGAGCUGGGAGGCUCCACCGGCAGUGACUUCUUGGUCUUCAGCCGUGCCGUGCAGGGCUGGAGGGAAGGACCGGACAGGGAAACGAAGAAUGAGUACAUGUACCAGUACAGUCUGUCUGGGGCCGGCCUGCGCUUCAUUCAGGGCCUGGCUCGUCAGUUCAGUGAUAACUUCUACGAGGCUGAACUGGUGUCCAACCCCAAUGACUGCCUUCGUCCCACCUCCACCUACAACCAGUUCAGCCAAGAGGACGAGCUGCUCAAAGCUGUGCUGAUGGCUGGUCUCUACCCAAACCUCAUACAGGUGAAGAGAGGCAUUGUCAACAAAGGUAGAUUUCGGCCUGACGGCAUCUCCUACCGCACCAACACUGGCCCAGUGUUAAUGCACCGGUCGACCGUCAACAGAGGUAAAACCCAGCUUCCUAGCCGCUGGAUGACGUUCUACAGUGCGGUCCAGUCAAAUGGGCAGGUGUUCAUCAGGGACUCAUCCUUAGUCCAUCCACUAGCCCUGCUCCUGAUGACGGACUGCGACCUCACAGAGAGAGUUACUGGUGACCGUGUUGAGGUGUCCCUGCUUGAACGUCCUUUCGUGCGCUGGGAACUGUCUACGGACACGUGGAACUUGCUGUGGGAGUUGCGCACGUCCCUGCAGGCCAUGAUGCAUCGGAACCUGCGUCCCGAUCCCGAGACUGGCAGUUCUCAGGACACAGAGCUCCUCUCCCUGCUUGUGGACCUUCUGAACAACACAAGCCAGCAGGGUGAUGAGGGCCCCAGUUAUGCGGAGUGAACACCAGCAGAGCACCACAGACCUGCUGCUGCGAAGGCAUCUCAACAUGAAUGUUCUUUUAUUUACUCAACGUACAAUGCAGGACACUCAGAACUCAUUUGAAGCCAAGCUAAAUGGUGUGCACACAGACCUAUGAUUUAUUGAGGUGACUGCAUUUGGUCGGUGAGGGAUAUAUUUUAUUGAGGUUCCUCCUCAUGUUUUGUUCUCAAUGUGACCACUCUUAAUCUUACCACAGAAAAUGAAUCCAAAAUCACAUAAAUGGUAUUUCUGUGUGUGGGUUCAUGUCUAAUUGUGUCAUUGUUUGUGGAGAUGCAGUGUCUCAGUUUUACAGGGAGAACCUUUACCACAUGAGUUUUUGAAACGGUGCAUUUGGCUUUAUGCUAAAUGUGAAAUGGAUUAAGUGGCUAAACCUUCUUUUUUUGAAGAGUGUCAAGUCAUGUUAGAUAUGAUGGUUUUGCCAUAGUGUCUUUGGAGUCCAGCAUUUUGCAUGAAUAAAUGCAUGGCACCGAGUUAUUAUUUAACUUAAACUAAAGAUUAUUUAUGUAAAAUUGUUAAAUAUGUAAAUAUUUGAUGUUGAAACCAAUACCAUAAAGAUAUUUCCAUAAAUCCUAAAA